CCGCUCAACAUUCCACCGCAACUCGUUUUACGUCGCUAGUAGCGCCGUGUCGCGAUUCGCGAUUGUCAUUAGAUUUUCCAUCCGUCGCCCCCUCGAUUUUCCACACGAAAAACUCAAACCACCCCUCACUUUCUAGAAAUCCAUCCGAUGUGAAGUGCUUAGGUGCGUGUCGCGUGAAUUCUGAUGUUGCCAUGGACAGGUAAAUCGCGUAGGCCAUGGGAGAUCAAGAUCGUGGAGCUCCCGAACGAGAAUUGGAGCGACAGAUCCUCCAGAUCAAGAAACAGCACCAGAUUCAACAUCAAAUCCUGCUCCAACAGUUUCAGCAACAACAACAGCACCUCGUGGAACAACACGAGCAACAACUUAGACAACACCUGAAGGAAUUCUGGGACAGACAGAAACAACUGCAAGAGUUGAGACAACGUGAGCAGUUAGAAGCUUUAAGGAAAAAAGAGAAACAUGAGGAAAGCGCUGUGGCCUCCACGGAGGUCAAGCAGAAGCUGCAAAGCUUCCUCAGGCAGCGGGCCUCAGGGGGGAAGGCCUCCAGACCAGAAAAUUCUUGUUGGUCUGAGGGAAUGGAUACCAGCUCAGAAUCUUCUACGACAAACAACGAUUUUCCACUUCGCAAAACAGCUUCUGAGCCGAACCUGCUGAAAGUCCGGCUGAAGCAGCGCGUGAUGGAGCGCCGCUGCAGCCCGAUGAGCAAACGCCUUCCCCCCUCAUUGAAGAAGAAACUCCUCAGCAGUUGCCUGCCCCCGAGCGAGUCUCCACCCCAACAGGAACCGCCCAAAGAGCUGAGCCCACCCUGCGGAGGCGGCGACCUUCUGGAGGAGCGCCGGCGGCACGCUGCGCUCUUCAGCAGCCCCAGCAUGCCGAAUAUCUCGCUGGCGGCGGCUGCGGCGGCAGCAGCGGCCUCACAUCAUCACCAUGGAGGGCUCGCGCCACCUCCGGAUCUCAGCGAAGCGGCUGUCAGGGCGGCGUGCACGGCCAGGCUGGGCAUGCCCUUGACCGGACAGAUGCUCCCCGGUACCCUACCUUUCUACCCCUCCCUGCCCGCCAUAGACAGCGAACAGGAGCUCACCGCGGCUCACCAUCAUGCUGCCGCAGCGCAGGCCGCCGCACAGGCAGCUGUGGCCGCCUCUGGGGGGCCGAACUGCAGUAGCAUAUCGGCCAUCAGCACGUUGGAUACCAUCAGCGAGUUGCAGGAACCUCACACGGCAUCCGGUCGAGGUGUCAUUCGCCCCCUAGGCCGGACCCAAUCCUCUCCUCUGCCCCUAGGGCAUCCCCUACUAGGGGGCGUGGCGGCGGCUGCAGCAGCUGCGGCCGCCGCCGCUCAAGCCGUUGCUCAGGUGCCGCCUCCUCCCCCAGAAAGGACGAAGCCCACACUAGACGCACCUCCGUCUCCAGGGGAACAGGAGCAAAGGGAUUUAGAACUCAGGGCUAACGAAUCUAGAAGCAUACGACCGCUAUCCCGCGCUCUCAGUUCUCCUGUAGUGCAUUUGGGCCCUCCUCCCGGAGGCAGCAACAACGGCAAUCCUGGCGGAGGCGGACCUACCGUCGAAACCACGCCCAUUUUGGGCGGAGCCACUGACGUCACCUCCCCCUCGGUAGCCGCCGCAGCGACGUUGACCCGUCGACGCGCGUCAUCUUCCCCAACAACAGGCCUCGCGUACGACAACCAGAUGCUGAAACACGCGUGCGUAUGUGGCAACAACGCACUCCAUCCCGAGCACGCGGGAAGGUUGCAGAGCAUUUGGAGUAGGUUGCUGGAAACGGGGUUGGUAUCCAGAUGUGAUAGGCUACGACCCCGCAAAGCUUCGACUCAAGAACUGCAGACCUGCCACACGGAAGCACAUGCGUUGCUAUACGGCACCAGUUCAUUAAACAGGCACAAAAUGGACAUGAGUAAGCUUAGCGCACUGCCAGUCACUACUUUUGUUAGACUCCCAUGCGGAGGUAUCGGGGUGGAUACAGAUACAACAUGGAACGAAGUAUACACAGCACCAGCUGCUCGUAUGGCAGUUGGUUGCACUGUGGACCUCGCGGUGCGGACCUGGACAGGUGAUAUCAGGAACGGGUUCGCGAUAGUCAGGCCGCCAGGACAUCACGCAGAACCCCAACAGGCGAUGGGAUUUUGUUAUUUUAAUUCGGUAGCGAUAGCUGCCCGUGUCUUGCAAAGGGAACACCGUGUGAAUAAGAUACUCAUCUUCGACUGGGACGUCCACCAUGGAAACGGCACCCAAGAGAUUUUCUACGACGAUCCGAGGGUGCUGGUCAUCUCGAUGCAUCGACACGACGACGGGAAUUUUUUCCCGGGAACUGGGGCCGUUUCAGAGUGUGGCACGGGAGCUGGCUUAGGCUAUAACGUGAACAUAGCCUGGUCAGGUGGUCUAAACCCACCUUUAGGCGACGCUGAGUACCUGGCCGCAUUUCGAAGUAUAGUCGUACCGAUUGCUACAGAAUUCGAUCCGGAUAUGAUUUUAAUUUCCGCUGGUUUCGAUGCCACGGAGGGUCAUUUAGCACCGCUUGGUGGAUACAGAGUGUCGCCUGCAUGCUUUGGUCACAUGACCCACCAGCUAAUGCGCCUAGCCCACGGUCGUGUGGUCUUAGCUCUAGAAGGUGGUUAUGACCUCCCCUCAAUAUGUGACUCGGCCGAAGAGUGCGUGCGGGUGCUUCUAGGGGAAGCCCCCACGCCCCUAACUUCAGGAGAGGCUGCCAGGGUGCCCGCCCCUAACGCAGUACGUGCUAUGCGGGCGGUGGUACAAGCGCAUCGAAGGCAUUGGCCGUGUUUGGUGGACGCAGCUGCUACUUCUUUAGCUGGAUGGAGUUUGGAUGAAGCUAUGAGGACUGAGAAGGAGGAUAAGGACACGGUGUCAGCGAUGGCCAGCCUUUCGAUGCACCAGAGUCUGAUGUCCCCUCAAGCGAUGGUCACGUCUCCUCAAGCCAUGGUCACCUCGCCCAUAGGCUUCCACGGGAACCCUCAAAGGGCUGGACAUUCGCCAGCAUGACACUGACUCUGGAGCCCUUUUUGUUGAAUGCUGAAUUGUAUGUUGGGUGUGUUUAUAGUAAAUAUGGCUGCUGAUGCUUUAUAAAGUUACUAUUUGUGCGCGUUUUGUGUUGAGCGGACGGGUUUGACAGAUUUGUUUGACGUCCAUUUCAGAUUUUGGUUUCUGCAAAACCGUGGGAAUCGAGGCGGUCGAAGAUGUGUGGAAUAAAAAAAAAUUUCACAAGAAUGAGUUUAGCGCUCGAAUAUUUUUGAGAAUCCUUCUGCAUAUAAUUUUCCUCUUUUUAAGAAUUGCUUAAAACGGUUUUCAUAUGAAGCUGAAGUCAUUGUCUAUAAAAUGGUAUAUGCAUUAUUUUUAUAACCAAUCGAAAACGUGAUUCAAACUGAAGUAUAACUAUUGAUUAACGUAUUCUGCCUGAAAAUGGUCAACGACGUCUUUGCGACGUCCAGAAAGACAUUUGAAAGAUCUUAGCGCCAUGUAUGGGACAGUAGCAGAGCACAAAAAUGAAUUUAAAAAUCUACUUUGAAAAGAGACUCUUUGGUUCUUCUACUAGCUCACAGAUGGUGCUAUGGUCUUCAAUCCCUUUUUGGCGCCUCUCUUAAUGCCAUUUUAAUUGAAUAUCUUCAGGUGGAAUACUUUAACCAAUGCCUACAGAUAUUAGAACGCUCAGAAAGCAAUUGAAAAUCCUAGCCCCAUUUAUGACACUUGCAGAACGAAACGCUCUUUGCAAAGUAGCUUACUAAAUUCAUUUUUCUGUUCUGCUACUGCGUCAUAGAUGGCGCUUGUAGCUUUCAUAUAGCUUUUUUGACGUCGAAUUACAGUGUAAUUAUGGUUAGAUAUUCAGGUAGAAUACGUCAAUCGAUGUUAUUACCUAUUGCGAAUUAUGGUAUAACAAUAGUUUUUGAGAAAUGAAAAGGAAGAAAUCUCAGUUCAUGAAAGAAUGAUAUAAUUGAAAGUUUUGAGGCUCUAGUAUUUGGUCAAAUUGGUAUGAAUUGGUGAAUAUUGUUAAUAAAGACGAUCGAAUCUGUCAAACGCGUCACACCAUUGAGAACUAUGACUUUUUCACGGAAACAAGGGGUAUUUUUCACGUGCAACCCUAACGUGCUUUUGCAUAAAUUGUAUGCAAAUGAUUCUUAAAACUGUUGAAACUUCAGUAACAAUUAUUUGCUCUAUUUUCACUGUUUGAGAAAAUGCUAGUCGAACUUUUGUGAAAUAAUUGAAAUAUUUUGACUCUUGAAAAAUAGCACCUUUUGUUUGUUAGAUCUAUUUAAAUGUUUUUGCUGUAAUAGUAGAUUAAUAACGUAUGAUAUAUACAGGGUGAUCGAAAAUUCAACUAUAUUGUUAAUAAAAAGAAAACUAUAAAAAUGUAUUGAUGUUAUUGUGGUUCUUGCAAGGGUUUAGAUGUUACUUGAUAUUUUGCAGCAUUCAAUGUUUUUUGAGGAUUGAUUUCGGCCUAGAAUAAGAAAGUAUGGUUCCUUGUCAUCCCUAAACAUCAUGUAGUAAUAGUUGUUAAUUGUUCAUAUUGAUGGCACAUUUCUGUCACCGUCCAAGUAUUUCUUAAAGAAAUUGUCUUUUUUUGGGUCCGAUGACGAAUUUCUUAAACCAAUCCUUUGUGAGUUUAAGCCAAAAGGUGCUAUUUCGGUUGAUGUAUUAUCAUUGAUUAAGGUUGAUCUUCAAUGAUAUUAUUCCGACACUAGGUUCUAGUAAAAAACUUCUUAAUGGUGAACAUAUAGGGUGUUUCAAAAGUUUCCAACCCCUUCUAUAUAAAAAAUACCGCGUGAACAGAAAAAAUGCUCAAAUAAGAAGUUGCAAGGUUCUGAGAGAACAAUCUGUUGGUGACCUUGACCAUAACCUUCAAGGUCUUUCAGAGGUCAAAUUGAAAAUUUAAUAAUAGGCUCGCAUUACAUUCAAACAUGUCCUUGACCAUGACCACGAGGUGAUUUAUAGGUGAAUUAAUUUCAAUGUAUUUUCAAGGUCAAACUAAGAUUAAAACACAAAAUGUUCCGUCCUUUGUAUUGUGGGUAUACAUUACAGUUCCAUUUAAAUUUUCAAGUUGACCUCCAAAUGAUCUUGAAGGUCUUGGUCAAGGUCAUACGACAUCUUGUUACCAAAUUUUCAAGUUUAUCUUGAAAAUCGAUGUCUUUGUCACCAUUAGAUUGUUCUUUCAAGUCCCUGUAACCUUUUUUGAUAUUUUUUUUGUUUGAGCAGUAUUCAGAGUUAUAGUACUGGCUAAUGUUUUUUUCUUGUAUUAAGUACUGUUGAAGAUAUAGGUAAUGUGUAAAAAAUCGUACUUAGUAGCAUCGUUUUCAAAAUAUUGGACUGAGACGUUUGAUGAAUCGUGAAGCCUGCUCUAUUUUGUAAAAUGAGGUUAUAUCAGUUGAUAUACGAUUGUUCAAAAGUCUUCUGUGAAAGGCCGGAUAGCCUACAUACAUCCAAACUUAUUAGUGUUUGGAGAAAAAAAAACAUAUGGCCUUCACAUCUGUAUAUGGGUGUAUCCCGAAGGAAAAUAAGGAAGGAAAGGGAAAUGCAACUAGAAGCCACUAGGCACAUUUGUGGCUUUGAUCGGAAGUCCUCGUGUUUAUGAGAUAUCAACCAACAACAGUUCAGAGGCCAGCUAUGGCUACCUACCAUGAGCAAAUACAAAGAAAGAUAAGAAGAUAAAAACAAACUUAAGUUUCCGCACGAUUACUUGACUUUACUUAUAAGUAACAUAAGUAACACUGACAAGUAACUAGUUAUUUUGACUCCUUUCUUUGCAAAAUUGUUUUUUUUUUCAUCCGACCAGUCUGUUUUAAUGUUAUUUGAGUUAUUCUGAACAAACAGGUUUCUCAUGAACUUUUCUCUAAAAUAAAAAAAUCCCGGGAUAUAACCGAUCUAAGAUUUAACAGAGAGCAAAAUGUGCCAUCUUCCACUACAAAAAACUUCAAACACCCAUUAACAAAAUCCUAAAGUAUUUUAGGGAGUGUUGUUGUUGUAAACCAUGUUUUUUAAUUUAAAUGCUUUGGAAUUUUUUCAUAAUUUUUUCAGGGUCAAAAAUGGCACAUUUCGUAAUUUUUAAUAUAAUAAAUCGCUUAUAUCUCGAAAAACUAUCAACUUGGAAAAAACAAUGUAGUUUUAGUGCAGAUUCGAAGAUAUUUCCUGCACCAUAAGUUUUCUAUCACAAUUGCAAUAGAUCCAUUGUCAUUAAUUGUAUAGACACUUGAGGUAUGCUCCAACAAGCAAUCCUGACUAAGUUGCUGAAUUGACAAAUGAUCUAUCCUUUGCUUCAACACAUCGCGCGACUUGGAACUUGAAAGCAAUCAUUAAACUAGUAAAAUUCAUAGUGAUGUAUAUUUUGCUGCCUAUUGGGUGUUACAGCACUAUCCCAGAAAAACCUCAUUUUAGUCUAACUUCAAGAUUACGAUAUCAGAAACAUUGCUACUUAGCGCAAUAUUGUAUGCAUAUUACUUUUAAGUAUUCAACUACAUUAAUCAAAGAAACAAAUGAUAGCUAAGGGACAGAAAAAAAAUUAUUGCAAACUGCCCACGGUCACUGAAAUGCUCAUUUUUUUCAAAUUCAGUGAUAUUUCCUAUGUUCACCAUUACCUAUUUUAUAUUUGACCUCUGAUGAUUUAUCUGUAUAUCAUCCUGAUUAUCGAAUGCUUGAAUUCACAUAAAACGAAUAAUUAGGUUAUUUCUGUAACUAACGAAUUCUAGCUGAAGAUAGAUAUAAUAUAAUCCCGCGUCCCAAAAAUUAUUCAAGAGUAAAUGAAAUGAAAUUAGAAAUCUACUUGGAAAAGGGUUGUGUCCUAUAAAUGGUACUGUAGCCAACUAUAUUAGUAUUUAGCAUUUGGCGCCAUCUAUGAGACAUCAACUUUAUCAAAGUAGAUUACGAAUCAGUGCGGAGAGGAAGAACAUAGCUGUGAUAAAUUCUCAUAGAUCUCGGAUAAUUUCUUGGAUGCGAAAAUUACUCUUUGGUUGGCUAGCUUCAGGUAGAAAACGUUAUGGCUGACUUGCCUUUAUAUAAUUAAUACAUUACAGUUGGUUCGUUCCAAACCAUCUCAACCUCAGAGUCAGGCUAGGUCAAGUCCAAAUAAGUGGUUUUGAGAUAGGUGGGUCUUAAAAGUAGCAAAUAAAAGUUAACAAUAUUCAGUCUCACUAUCACAGAUUUUGAGAUUUGCUAGUUAUAGAGAUGCCUUAAAAAAGCAACUUAUAUUCCGCUCAAAUUAUAGUGGAUGUGGCCUAUGACAACAAAGGAGUAUGUUGAAGAGGGUUUGAAAAAACUGAAUGGAUCUGUAUCGCGUUGCAGAUACAGAAUUGUAGCUACGGGCCAGACUAAAAGUGCUUUUUUUGCUUUAAAUGAGUUUUAUAUGUUGAGGUCAUGAUAAUUACAGGGUGUUUCAGAACUAAGGGAUCAAACUUCUAGGGGUUAUUCAGUGUAACAGUAAAAAACAUUUGAGUAUAGGGACCCAUAUCCGGAAAAGUGUCACUACGGCCCUAAGACGCGUUAAAAUUUAGAAAAACGAUGAAUUGCCUAAAUAGGAUUUAAUGCAUUUAAAUGUCUUCCUCCAACCUGAAUACACCGAUUUAAACGUCGCACAUGAUUUCGGCGGACUUGACUAAACAUUUGAUACUCGUUUUGAAUGAUUUCAAAUGCUGCUGUAAUUCGUCCAAUUAAGUCUCCUAAAUUUUAACGCGUCUUAGUGCCCUAGAUACACUUUUCCGGAUAUGGGUCCCUAUACUCAAAUGUUUUCUACUGUUACACUGAAUAACCCCUACAAAUCUGAUCCGAUAGUUCUGAAACACCCUGUAUUGUGAACUUUCAUUUGCUACUUUGUUAGACCCACCUAUCUGUAAUAAUAAGGACGUCACGGCUUUAUAAAUCAUGUUAAUUCGCAUAUAAUACAAUACAAGAAAAAUAUUUAAAACGCAAUUAUCUCAAAACUACUUAUUUGGACUUAAUCUAGUUUGACUUUGAGGUUGAGAUAGUUUGGGAAGAACCAACGGUAAUGAGGCAGGAAUAUCUGCAACUUGAAAAGGAUUAUGAGCAGAUCUACAGUGCAAGAAAGGUCUUUAAACGUCUGAUGUUAUGAAUGUGGUAAGAAUUUAUAUGUGAAGAUAUAUAAUUAUAUUUGUAGUUAUACUGUGAUUCCACGGGGUAUCAUAUACCCGGAAAAUCAAGAAAAGUGUAACACCUGUGUUGUAGUUUAAAAACUGACACUGUUUGUCCCAUUUGAAGGUGCGAUUUUUUGUUUAAGUUUUUGGUGAAAAGACAAGCUUUUCCUUCUAUUGUCAAAGACUCAACGUGAGGCAGUGCUUUCCAGAAAGUCCUCCUAUUUACUUUUUUACGGAUCAAAGUGAAAUUCGGAAGGAAUUAUGAUGUUGAUGUAUGAAUACAUUUUAACGUAAAAGUGGCAGUUGAAAUUAUCAAGACGGCUGCUAGGCAACAUCUUGUUCUUGAAUGGUAUGUCCCUAUUUUGAAGCUGUAACAUAAAAUCACUGUAUUCCAAAAUGGCGGACUGUCAGACGGUCAAAGUUGAGCGGUUUCUACAUUGCUUAUAACGCAACAGCUUAUCAAAACACUAAAAAAUGUCAAAAUGUGUCAAGUUUUCUUAAACUGAAUAUUCCAUAUUUUAUUUUGUAUACAGAUAGACCAUCCCAAAAGAAGAUUGAUAUACCACAACGUUUUCAUGGCGUCCAGCAUAUCGAAAUUUUCAACUGCCAUUUUUACGUUAAAAUAUGCUAUUCAUGUAACAAUUGCAUUACCCCGAAAUUCAACUUGCUAAGUUAAACCGUUUAAAAAAUAAGUAGGGUGGGGUGGCUUUUUGGAAAAUACUGUAUACUGUAAACCAUGUAUACGAUUGUUAAAAAAUGGGACGUCCACAAGUGUGUGUUGGAUAUGCCUUUUAAAAAAAUAUAAAAUAUUUCAGACCGUCUUUCUAAAGUAAAUCGUACCUUCAAUCUUGGUGUUACAGUGUAUUUGCAGUACAUUCUGUAUAAUGUGUAAAUGUUACUUUAAUGACCUUGAAAUUUUUGGUCAACGGUACAUUCCUGCUGUCGCUCAGAGUGACGCCUCUUAUUAUGAAUAUCAAAUUUAUUGUGUUUUAUUUUUGUUAAUAUAUUGAAAAGUUUUUAAUAAAAUCAUUUAUUUACUUUAA